AUGGAGUUCAGCGUCAUCACGAAGAGAACUGCCCAGAUCGAUGAGUGUCAACUACCGACUCCUAAGCCAGCCCAGAGGCGUCGGCAACAAGAGAGGCGCCAGCGACAAGGUACUGUGAAGUCAGAGAAUGCUUACGACUUGGACAGCGUUCACGAAGAGGAGACCCCCACGCAGGAAUCCGCGAAAAAGAAGAGUCCUAUGUCGUAUUCAGAGACUAGUACUAUUUACGAGCUCUCAGAUGAUCACGAUGUUCGCAAGGUCCACAACAGCGUAAACCGCGACAAGUUCAUCCUCCGGCGCGCUGAACUACAACGCCUUGAGACCCCGCCCUACAGUCUGCCAGGUCCUCCCAACUCAUCCGACUCGUCAGACCUUUCUGGAAGCUCUGAUUCAGGUGAGGAGAAACGUUGCUUGGACGACCACAGAGACAUUUAUGAGGCCAUGAAGAAAGCCGGCAUGAUCGUCGCUGAGUUCGCAAAGGUGGGCCAUGUUGAGACAAGCGGCACCAAACAAAACAAACACAAAGUCAUUGGUAAGAACGGUCACACUCUAGGGACCGUCGUGGCUCGCAAUUACACCUCUGUGUUGGACCGUGUCUUCUUUUGGAAUGAACGUAGGAGUUGCUCCAUGGUCAAGGGACAGUUUGCAGCAGUGACAUCUACGACAGCAACAUCCGUAGAGGUACCAGGUCAGCUGUGA